AUGCCUAAACGCCCGGCUAGGACUCCAAGGGCCGAUGCCCAGAACAAGACCAAGUCGAAGCUGCGCCAAGAUGUCGAGGCCCUUGUUCGCGACCACUUUAUGCUCAUCAACGACAGCCCCGACCGUAUCCACGAAGCAGUGGCUUCAAACGUCCAAUCGACUACUGUCACAGCUUUCUCGCAUAAGGUUGUAGACCCUCCCGUGAAGGACGGAAUACCCGACUUCUUGCGAGAUCAGCUCAAUGAAGACAAAGUCGAUCUCGAUGCACUUACAGCAAGAGUCAGCGUCGACCUACAACUGCAGCCUACCAGGGGUAGACGUGGCACAUACCUACAUCUCGGCAGACUACGAGUCCUCGUCCAGACGAAAAUCGCUCUUCCCGCUACUACAGUCUCUGGCGUUCGGAGGACAAACCGCAACCCUGGAAGAAAGGGGGCCCUCUACGGUGGCAAAAGCGCCCAAUGGAAGGGGAUUCCCACCCGGACCUCCCGUCACAAACAAGGCCUGACUGGCGAGAAAGACUUGCAAAUCUACCAGACAAUGGAGGACAUGAAUCUAGAGCCGAUUACAGUAAACUUCUGGCUGGCAAAAGAUGACGACGAGGAUCCUAUGGAGGUGUACACCAUCGUGGAGACGCUAUUGACCAGUAGAUUUGGUCUUUACACGGACAAAGUCGGAGCACUGAAGAAGGACCUUGCAAACCUCCCUUCCUAUGGCAUUUUCCAGUGUCACCAAGAGUUCGUGCCCUCAAACGAACAGUUAACCAUCAACUCGGUCGCAGGGGAGCUCAUCGACAAAGCAUCCGCUCUCGCCAAUCUUCGUGAUUACGAGUAUGAGAGGCGCAAGGUCAACACCGGUCCAAGGCCUCAGGACCAUGAAGACAGAUACCAGCAGAGGGCGGCGGUGCCUGUGGCUGAUGGCGAUCCCUGCCCCGUCGAAGGCUGUGGUCGACCCCUCAUGCCUGAGAAGCGGCGCUUCCAUCGGGCAACCAACCAAUGGAUAUGUCAAACAUGCAGCUGA